CCUGGAAUUAUGUGAUGUCAAGUGUUAACAGGAUAACAUGAUUUCAGUCAAGAGUGCUGUCCUGUUGUGUAUGGGGCAAGUUGGCACACAUGUCUGGGGCAAGUUGGCACAUGUGCUUCCAUUGACUUCCUAUGGCAUGUGCCAACUAGCCCUGUAGUCAUAAGAAUGUAUUGUAGAAAAUUCUUAUUCUACUACUAUCUACCAAUAAUAUGAGUAUGGUUGCAAUAUAUACAGUAUAGUUAAUGUACUUGUGCUACUGUGUAGGCCUACAUGCCUAUAGAUUUAAGUUAUAGUCAAUAUUGAAGCGCCAAUUGUAGCCACAAUGGAGCAUUCACAGUGAUUAUGUUUCACUCCAUUAUGAAGAAGUCAGUGUUGUUUUAUUUUACUAAACAGUAACUCAUGAUAUUUUAAAUAUUCUGUAUUCAGUCACUUUUGAGCAGUCUUCAUGUUCUUUGACAUAAUUUAAUGCAAUUUAAAUGCGCGCCAACUAGCCCCACACACGUGUGCGGACUUGCCCCUGGUUGGGGCAAGUUGGCACAAAUUCACAACAACACUUUAAUCACAUAUAGAUGGAAACAAUGGAUUAUCAACCAAAGGUGCAUUUGUCUAAUAUUUAGCUGAGAUGUAACCCUUUUAGAAUAUCUUAGUAUGGGAGUUUUAAAGCAAUGUAUGACAAAGAUAUGACACAUACUCGAACUGAAAAGUGUGCCAACUAGCCCCGGUCUCCCCUACCGGCUUGGCUCCCAACCUGUUAUGGUUUUCACUAGGAUCUGAAUGACAUUUGCCCAGUCACUAUGAUGCUGCAUUUUUUGCAUAAUCUAAUGACCCUGGAUGAGUUCUUUGGGUGGAGUACAGUCAUGGAACCUGCUCUUCCACUUUUUAGACAUCUACUGUAUUGAGGGACAUGCUUCCUCUUCACACCAUUAGAGCUCUGCACGUUCACUGGCAGCAGUACACUUGGUUUGAAGAGCUGUGACAAAAAUGACGAAAAAAGUUGCUGUUGUCACAGGUGCUAACAAGGGCAUUGGAUUGGCAAUUGUGAAGGGGUUAUGCAAAGCUGGAUAUACUGGUGACAUUAUUCUCACUGCCCGUAGUGAGAAAUUGGGACAAGAGGCUGUGCAACAAGUGAAAGCCGAGGGACACCAAAACGUAUUAUUCCACCGCCUUGAUCUGUGCGACCAAAGCACUGCGGAAGAGCUCCGGAAAUUCUUGGAGGAUAAUUAUGGCGGCUUGGAUGUCUUGAUCAACAACGCUGGGAUGGCGUACAGAGAUAGUGCAACUGAGCCAUUUGGUGAGCAGGCUGAGGUGACCAUGCAGACCAACUACUGGGGUACUCUGGCGGUGUGCAAGGCUCUCCUCCCCAUCCUGAAACCCAAGGCACGAGUGGUCAACGUCUCCAGUUUCGUCAGCAAGAUGGCUCUGGACAAGUGCAGUCCUGAGCUACAGGCAAAAUUCCGUAAUCCAGACAUUACAGAAGAGGAGCUGGGUGGACUCAUAAGGGAUUUUGUGCAGGCAGGUCAGAAGGGCGAUCACCAAGCCAAAGGAUGGCCCAACUCGGCCUAUGGCACAUCAAAGAUUGGGGUGACGGUGCUGUCUCGGAUACAGGCGCGUGUUCUGAGCCAGACCAGGGCAUCGGAUGGCAUCCUGCUGAACGCCUGCUGCCCUGGUUGGGUGCGGACAGACAUGUCGAACGAUAAAGCUCCCAAGAGCCCAGAGGAAGGAGCUGAGACUCCCGUGUACCUCGCCCUGCUGCCCGACAGAGCCACGGGGCCGCACGGACAGCUGGUCUGGGACAAAGAGGUUCAGAAAUGGUGACGUGGACCACUAGAACAGAUACUGUAUGAGCUAUGGCCUUCUCUGGAUAGUCAUGUCCUUGUUAACAUGGCUAUUGGGAUAUCCCUAAAGACAGCAAAAGAACAUUUCAUGAACUUUUGUUUAGUUGCUCAAAUGCAAACAAGAAAAUAUUUAAAUGCCUGCACACAGUUUAGAGGAAUAAACUUGAUGAGCUGUAAUGAGGUUUUUUUUUUCAAACUCGUUACAAAUGCAUUCCGUUACAAAACUGCAUAUUAGAACGGUCUUCAUAAACAAAUGUAUGGCCCACAGUACAGAACAAUACAUGUGG